AUGCUAUUCUGUAUGAAGAUACCAUCGGCCAUUAUGUUAUGGAUAGUACCGUUACUGCUGAUCCCUUUGUGUUCUGCAAAUAGUGAAAACAGCACCAAUAAGGUGAGUUUGAUUUGUGAAAUUUCAGAUGAUUGAGACUUUAUUUGAUAUUACAUAUUAGUGGUAGAAUUUAUAAUCCAAAUGGAUAGUCCCCCAGCCAAAUAAUGUAAAUGAACAGGAAAUGAAUAGUUGAACAACAAUAAAAUGAUCAUUAGCAGUGAACUUGAAUAACUGAACAAACGAUGGACUUGAUAUAUAUAAAUGAAUGAAUCAAGCAGUGAGAGUCAUGUAGAGUGUCAGCGGCCAAAAGUAGACUCCUUCACGCGUCUUGUGUUACUGUACUUAGCUUAUAUCUGCUUUUAUUUAUCGAUUAUUAGUAUUAUUAUUAAUUAAUAUUCAUUGUCAAUUAUUUGAUUACUUAUUCUUCAAAGGCUAUUUAAGAAACAAACAUUCCCUAGAAGUGCAUUAACUUUAAAACAAAGAGAAUGAAUAAUGUAUUGGCCUCUCUCUCUUUUUCUUUUUCAUUUCUUCCCUUAAAUUCCUCAACAGAAUUCACAACAUGGCUCUUGUGGUUACUCUGCGUGUUUCUGCGCACCGGGGAUACCGGGUAUCCCAGGAAGCCCGGGACCCGCGGGACCAGCUGGUACAUCGGGUUCACCCGGAAACAACGGACCCGAAGGACCUAUGGGUCCACGAGGAGUCGAAGGCGAUGAAGGACUCCGUGGAAAACAAGGACUUCCAGGCCCCAGGGGAGGUACAGGGUCAACUGGUCCAGCAGGCCCAAGCGGAAGCAAGGGUGAAGCAGGUCCCCCUGGCCCCAAGGGACCACAAGGCCUUUUGGGUAAAGCUGGAAAGAAGGGUGAUACAGGUCCUCCUGGAAGUCAAGGUCCCUCAGGCCCCAAGGGGGCUCCAGGGUCUUUUGCACGUAACUGGAAACAGUGCGUUUUUAAGAAUCUGGACGAUGGCAAGGACUCUGGAUUGGUCAAGGUAAAAGCUACGUUGGCCUCAGAUUAAGAAAGUUCGUCAGUAUUUGGGUUUUAGGUUUUAUUUAAAAAGAUAGAAUUUCGUUUGAAGGUCUUGUUUGCAAAUUUGCUUGGAUUAGAACCAGUGGCUCGUACGGCUCAUUUCUCUAAUUACUUGUUACCUUUACUUCCAAAAAAUUCACAGUUUUAUCGAGUAAAAUCCUGCAAAACGAAUGUUUUUACAUGAAAGCUCUCUUCAGCAGUUUUGAAUGGUAAUACCAUAAGAUUUUGUUUACAGAUUCAAGUGUUAGUUUAACCCACUUUGUAUCACAGACUGUACCAUACGAAAGUAUUGUUUAAGAGGUAUAAUUUGAAUCGUCGUAACUUAAGAUAUUCAUAGACUCAAAAGUUAGUGAGAGUUGUCUAUCUGUGAGUAAAGGGAUUAAAAGAUUACUCUGGUAAUCUUGAUUCUGAUUGCUCUAGUGUUCUUUCCUUUCCUUUCAACAGGAAUGCAUUUUCAAGAAGAAUUCGGACAGCACAAGUCUGCGUGUCUACUGGAGUGGCCAACUCCGCAUCCAUAACUGCAACAGCUGUUGUAGGCGAUGGUAUUUCACUUUUAAUGGUACAGAAUGCUCGGCUCCAGCAGCUAUUGAUGCUGUAGUCUACAUGUCUUAUGGAACUGGCAGCAGACUAAACAAUUUGCACCGCCCACGUCACGUCGAGGGAGUCUGCGAUAAAAUCCACAAAGGCACUGUGCGCGUGGGAUUCUGGGUCGGCAACUGCAAACGUUACGGUUCUGCUGAUGCGAACACAGGAUGGAACUCGGUGUCCCGGAUGUACGUGGAAGAAAUACCUCCCCCACAAGCUUAA